AUGCCGCUCCUCGUCGGAGGGACAUUGUCGAGCUGGGUGGAGCAUGUCAAACCCAGCGAUCAGCACAAGCACAGGGUGCUGAUGCAGGUGCUGCAGGGGCUGGAGCACCUGCAUCGAAAUAGGAUCAUCCACUGCGACAUCAAGCCCGGCAACAUCCUGAUGACUUGCAAGGACGAGCGUGCAGAGCCGCAGAUCGCGGACUUUGACGUGUCGAGGGAGCAAGAGGACCGAGCGAGGGAGCUGGCAGCGACAGUGACCGCAACCCUUGCCAUGGGUACGCUGAGCUACAUGGCUCCGGAGCUGCUGGACCCUUCCACGAGCAAGAAGCAGCUCUCGCACAAGUGCGACAUGUACUCGUAUGGCUUGGUGAUGCUCGAGGUGUUGACA